GAUGGACGAAGAACGUAAAGAAGACGAAGUUUUUCCAAACGUUUCGUCUCAGAAAUUCUUAUUUCCUAUUUCCAGCAGUGGUUCUGCGAGUGUGGAAUGUCUUUCAAGACCAGCAGCUUUGUUUCCUUGCGUCAGAGCAAUAGAAAGCGAUAAAUCUCAAGAAACAGACCUGAGCUGGCUGAAAAAUGAAAGCUAUAUUCCAGAAAAUUUCCAGGGGAAAACUGAAAAUGAAAGUCUAUCAGAGUCACCAUCGGAAGGUGAAGAAUGCUCAGAGAAGAUACUAGAGGUAGAAGCGAAGAGGAAUACUGCAAGAGAGAGAAGGAUUGAAAAGGGUUAUGGCCAUGAAAAGAAAAAAAAGAAGCACACCAAGAAACGAAGAUAUAGCAAUAGUGAAGGUAGCAGUUCUGAAGAAGAUGUAAAAAAAUCAAAGCACAGAAAAAAACACAAGAAACAAAAACACAAAAAGAAAGGAAAAGUUGAAUUAAAAUCAGAGGAUGAAGAGACAAUCAGCAAACCUGACACAAUAUGGCUUGAAGAUUCUGGUUUGAGUACAGAAGAAGCUUUUAGGAUUCAUCGGAAACCUGAUAUGGAAAAUUUAAUGUAUGGCUCUCUCUACAGACUUGAUGUUGCACUGUUCAAAAUUAGGAAAAAUACUCAUUGCCUUGGUCUUGGUAAACGAUAUAUUGCAAAUGGUGAUAAGAAAAGGAACAAAAAGAAAACAUUAGAUUCAAGGUAUUGUAGAAGUACAGACGUAUUCUCAGAAAUACCUGAAUUUAUAAAACCUUGUAGAAAAUCCACCAAAUUUUUUGUUGGUAAUAUUGAAAAUUAUUCCUAUUUGCCAAUUGAUCUUCUGAGCAAAAGAGAAGAAGAGAAUGAAAGUGAAAUAAAGGGAAAAGAAAGAGAGAGAGAUAUUGAAAGCGCUGGUGGGUUUGAAGAUGGUUUGAUGACCCAGAAGACUGCGGAAUUGAAUAAGGUAUUACGUGAAAAUCCUCAUGAUGUGAAGAGAUGGAUCGAGCUGGUGAAAUUUCAAACAGAGGCUAUUAACAAUGAGGAUAUUGCAAGAGCUGGUUAUACUGUUUCUGGGAAUGAAAGAAAAAAGAAAAACUCAAAGGUCAUUAGAGAAAAACAAAUAUCUAUUUUAGAAAAGGCUCUGGUAGUAAAUCCUACUUCAAUUGAGCUUGUUAUGUAUCAUUUAGAAUUAUGUAGUGAUGUAUGGGAAGACAUUCAACUCAUGGAAAGAUGGAGGAAAGUUGUCUUUGCAUAUCCCAACAAAACUGUGCUGUGGAGGAAAUACCUUUCUUUUGUGCAGUCCAGAUUUUCUACAUUUACAUUCAGGAAGGCACAGAGAGUUUACGACAAGUGCUUUAGUACGUUGCUGCCAAUCAAGGAAGAAACUUUUGUGUCGCAUCAAGCUGAGGAGGGAAUCGAGGAAGACAUGCUGGAUCUUUUUGUUCAGCAUUGUAAAUUCAUGAAACAAUCAGGUCACACAGAAAAGGCUGUUGCCUGCUUCCAAGCAAUGAUAGAGCUGAACUGUCUGUGCCCAAGUGAACUGAGUGAAAACACCCCAACCACUGGACAGUUAGCUUUUUUGGAGACAUUUUGGGACAGUGGACAUGCAAGGUUUGGUGAAACCGGUGCCGUGGGAUGGACCACAUGGAUGAACAAGUCGCUAGUGGACAAGAAACCCCUGGGUUUAGAAAACCUAGAUCUGAAGAAGAUCUUUAAAGCUCUUGAUCCCACUAAGAGGACAGACAAUGAACUCCAAAGCACUGCAGAAAAAGAGGAACAGAUGGUCAAAGGAAUGCCAAAAUGGAAAGCUUGGAUCAAGGUUGAAAUAUCCCGUGACAACUCACAACUGAAACCAUGGCAACCAGACACUGAGAAGGGAGAAACAGAUGAAGACUGUGAGGAUCCAGAAAGAUUGGUGCUUUUUGACGACAUUAGUUCUUAUCUCUUUAAAUUGGAAAAGGUGGACAACAGAUUGAAACUUGUUUUACACUUUCUCGAGCUUCUUGGAGUUCCAAUCAUGCCAAGCUCUUCUUCUCAGAGCUUUGAGACACAGAGAUACUUUGAGCUGUCAAUUCAUACUCCAGGACAGCUGAUCAAAGGACAACAGCAGUUUCUCACUCCUGGUUUAGGAUGGCAGAUGUGUGAGUAUUGGCAAACAGAUGAAGAUAUACCAACCAAUGCCAGACCCACUGACGAAAGGUUACAGUUAGUUCGCAACAUAUUUCUACAGUCUCUAUCUCUUUUCCAGGGACGGAACAGAGAUUAUCUGAUGAUCACAUGGUUGUGGUAUGAGUUCAAUUUAUCUCAGGUGCUGGAAUCAGUGAAAAGUAGAAAGCAAGCAUUCAAAGAGGUUUACAAGUUGGCAAAAGGUCUUCUAAAGGAGCCUAGCAAUAGGAAUAACCUCAGUCUCUGGCAAGUGUUUGCGAGCAUCCUUUCAAUGUCUGGAGAUGUUGCUGAAGCUCGUCGUGUGUUUGAUUCUACACUCUCAAUGGCAAGCCAAGUGAUGGAAACUGAUAAGAAGGAUUCCCUUGCAUCGUUAUAUAGGGCAUAUGCUGAACUAGAGCUCAAAGAGUCAGACAAACCCCCCUGCGCAUCUGACAUCAAACCAACUCUCAUGAGUCGCAACAAAGUCCUUCAUUUGCUGAUCAGUUUUACUGAAGACGGCAAAUAUGAACCAAUAAAUGAAGACGCUACGUCAAGCACCAUUCCUCCUGCAAGGAUCCUCAAAGCAAAAAAGAACUAUGCUGAACUUUGUGAAAAUAUUAUCCAAAGAAUGAACAAUAAUUGCAGUGAAAGUGAAGAUAAGGUCUUUCUUGAUGUUGAGCCUAGCGUUCAUACCCUAGUGUGCUGUGCUUUGUUUAGUUAUGUGUCAUCUGGUAUUCAAGCUGCUUCUGUCAUCUACGACAAGGUGCUGCCAUCAUUAUCAUUAGCAAAUGAUGCCUCAAAUCUGAAACAAGAGCAUAUAUAUAACUUGUAUUUGAAUCUCUUGAAUCUACAUGCCAAAAUAGAGCCAAUUCCUUUGAAAAACAUCCGCAGUGUUCUUCAUAGAGCAUUGAAAGAAUUUCCAAACAAUCCCUUCUUUUUGGAUCACUUUCUCCAAGUAGAGUCCAAAUCAAACCUAACAGGGGAGGUGAGGAGAUUUUUUGACCACCUUACUAAUGAUGCCAGCAGCCCAGUGCCAUGGAUUUAUGCCGUUCAUUAUGAAAAUAUGAGGUCUAAAGCACUAGUAACGACUAUGGAUUGUGCAGAAUAUAUAACCACUUCUGCAAAGCAGCCAUCUUCAGUCCUUGUUACAUCACUGCCAGUCACUGGUAUCAGUCAUCGGCAGAGAGCCUUGUUGGACAGGGCAACAUCCAGUGUGGCUGGACGGCAGUGUGUUGCUCUAUGGAAAAUGUACAUGGAAUUUGAGUUGCAGCAAGGGAACAAUGAACAAGCGAAGGCCAUCUUCUAUCAGGCUCUACAGCACUGUCCUUGGGCAAAGACCCUUUAUCUUGACGCUAUCAAGUCAUUCCCUGAUGAUCUGCAGAGAACCAUUGAUUUGAUGGAUGAAAAGGAACUUAGAGUCAGGACACCUUUGGAAGAGAUAGAAAUUCUAUUGGAAAGCGAAUAGAACAUCAGCUGGAACUACACAAUAUACCCUCCCCACCCCCCUUGGAAAUUCCAAUCCCUCUCCAUUGGGGAGGUAUGGAAAGUUUCUACUACUCCGAUAUACACAAUUAAUCAAAAAUUAGUUACACUUUAUAUUCCAAGAUUUUUUAAAAAGCAUUGACAAUUUUUCUUACAACCAAGUAAAAUAUGUUGAAAAGGAAUAAUAUUAUUACUUAGAUAGCAACUUUUUCUUGUUAUGACAAGUAGAGUAGUUUCUAUAUAGGUGGGAAAUGUACAUAACAUGUGUAAGGUGUGAUAUGCCAAAACACUGAAAUGUCUCGAUGUUGUCUCCAUGAAAGUCAUUCAAUCUCAACGCAUUGUAGUUUUUUUUGGUGUUCAAUCUCAACGCAUUGUAGUUUUUUUUGGUGUUCAAUCUCAACGCAUUGCAGUGUUUUUUGGUGUUCAAUCUCAACGCAUUGUAGUUUUUUUUGGUGUUCAAUCUCAACGCAUUGUAGUUUUUUUCAUGUUCAUUUGCAAUAUAUCUGCAAAAUUUCCUUAGUUUAUUACUAACUCAUACAAAAAACUGCUCUACUUAAGAUAACUGGGCCCGGUUGUACGAAGGGUGGAUAGAGCCAUCCGACUGAUAAAUCCUUCCCCAGUAGAUAAAUUUAUUGGAUAACGACAUCAAGUUUAUCUGCUGGAUAAGGAUUUAUCCAUCGGAUAGUGCUAUCAACCCUUUGUACGACCAGGCUCUGGGGAUCAUAACAUUCACCAUGCUGAAGACAUGCUUUGAUUUCAGGAAAUAAUUAUUACGCAUGACCUAUAAUAAUCUAUAUAUAUCGGUAUAGAUGUAGAUAUCUGAUAUAGACAAUAGAGUGAUUUUACUUGGCCAUAAAAAAAUAUUAAGUAUUAACAUAGUAUAGGAUAUAAUAGUGUCGUUGAUUAGUGUUAGUUACCCAGAUUAUUGUACUACAUGUGGUAUGCCAACAGAAGACCGAUAGAAUAAUAAAAUUCAUAUCAUAUAUAGUAGACAAAUACUAUUCCAUUGGUUUCUUGUUUUACUUUUACUUUUAGUCAUUAUCUUAUGUGUUAUACAUUUUAUUUUUAUGAAUAUGUUACAUAUACUGAUUGUCAUCAGUUAUACCAAAUGCUCUAAGGGAACUGUUCAUUUUUGAUCAGGGGAUAAGCAGUGAUUUUUUAAAGCAUCCAAAUAAAAAUAAAAACUUUUCCUCCCUCUUCAUAAUAGUAAAAAAUGUCCCCCUGACUUCAAAAAAUAUACCAACCUUGCCUAUUAGAGCACCAUAUUUUUACCCCCACCCUUCCCCUGAUGCAAUAUGAACAGGCCCUGAGAAAGGCAGCUUGUAUAGAUGAGUUGAGAAACACUCAAUAAUUGGAAACCAAAUAUUACUUGUGUAAUAUAAAAUAUACUUGGCCUCUUGUUUUAAAAACAUUGCUUAGAAGCAUUUGUUAAAGUAUUCCCGUAUAUAUAUUUACAUGUUUUAGUUAGGAGAAAUAAAUGUACUUAUAAUUUA